UGCAGCAGGCGCAAUGAUAUGACGCAGCGCCUGAAAAUAGUCCCAAGCGCGGUAACUUCCAACGUGACCGGGACUGAGUUUGUGUAGUUUCAGUCAGUCGGCAAAUUAGCCAAAGUUAGUGGAUUCCCCUGAGCGAUUAGCCAUGGUCCUGUGCGUAGUAAAGGGCUGUGAUAGUAAAUCGAGGGGAUACACUACCGGCGUCAUGUUUCACAGAAUACCAGCGUACAACAAGGAGCUAUACAUUCAAUGGUUGGCUGCUAUGAACAUUGAUCUCCAAACACCGGUAGAGUACAUCAAGAAAUGGCGUGUUUGCUCAGAGCAUUUUGGACCAGAGGACUAUAAAGAAAACAAGGACAGUACGGUACGGCGUCUAAAGGAUACGGCCAUCCCAACAAUCUUCAGAGUACAGAUAGGUCCAAGUGUAUCAUCGUCACCCAUGACUGAUGAGCUUGAUGUACAGCAGGAUCGACCUGAACUUGAGCAUUUCUUCAGCCUUUUUGCUGGUCAACCCCUCAGAAAUCCAGACCUUCAGAAGAACUUCCAACUGUUUCAUAGGAAAAGUUUAAUCUAUGAUCAUGUCCUAAGAGCGUACACAUCAAGGUUGAAAGGUCUAUCAGAGGAGCUGUGAUUGUCAUCUGUAUCUCAGAAUGAACACAAACGCGCUAGCUCCACAUAGACCUUGUGUCGUUCACAAUACACUGGGACUUCACAUCAUGUAUGCAUAUGUAUAGUUUGUUGUUUUAUUGUACAGUUAAAUAAAUGAUUACAUUCUCAA